AGUCUCUGGACGGCCGAGAUGUGGGCGGAUUUGCUCUGACGUUGCCCACAUUUGGGAUUAACUUGUUUUUUAUGUAGCCGCAUCCCUCGUAUUUUUUUUUUUAAUGGAGGCCAGAUGAGCUGAUGUUACUGACAAAUAUCACUUUGCUUCACUAGACCCUUUCGUUUCAGCCUUCUAUGUGCGUUGGGUUUUGGAAAUGGGACUGGGAUGUCCUGCGGCGCCGAUUGAGAGGCUGACUGAGGAGCAGCAGACGUCGCACUGACUGAGCCUACUGCGCCGAUGUUCCCUUACGCUGAUAAUAAUAAUAUUUAUAAUAGUAAUGGGGGCAGACGGAAGUAAAAACAGGAAGAGGGCCUCAGGAGGGGCUGAGGACGAGCCCGUCCCAUCUGGGUGGCGGGGUCUCCUCUCCAGCAUGAGCCUGUCUAUCCCAGAAGGCCUCUGCCGCCUGGCCCCACCCACCCUCCGUCUGGGCCAGCGUCGGAUGCUCCAAGGAAAAGCCCCUGAGGUGCCAGAGCACGUCCUCAGGUUGGCGGGAGUCGGCCCAGGCAGGCCGAGAGGAGAAUGGAGCCUUCCAGGCUUCGUUACCAUGUUUCUGCCUGAAUUCCCCCACAGGGCUGUGCCAGGGCACGAACAUUUUCAGGUGCUGGGAUACAUUGCCAAAGGCUCAUUUGGACCCAUUCUGAAAGUGAGGGACAAGUCCAAACAGAAAACAUAUGCUGUUAAAGUUAUACCUAAAGCAGAGAUUUUAAGGCUGGCGGUUCUGGAGCAGUCAAAAGAGGAAGUUAUAGUUCAGCGUCAGGUUCGCCACCCAUUUGUCCUCGACCUCCAGGACUGCUGGCAGACUCAGCGCCACCUUUACAUUAUGUGCGACUACUGCAGCACAGGGGACCUCUACACCUACUGGCAGAUGAUUGGUCAGUUCUCAGAGGAAACCCUGCGAAUAUUCGCAGCAGAGCUGGGAUGUGCACUCGGGUUUUUGCAUGACUUUGGGAUCAUCCACAGGGAUGUGAAGAUGGAAAACAUCUUGUUGACAGACAACGGCCACCUCCGCUUGGCUGAUUUUGGUUUGUCCCGCCGCCUGGAGAGAGGAGGCCGAGCCUUCACAAUCUGUGGAACCAUCCAAUACAUGGCUCCAGAGGUGCUCAGUGGUGGACCUUACAACCACGCAGCUGAUUGGUGGUCGCUGGGAAUUCUGCUGUUCUCAUUGGCCACUGGGAAGUUCCCUGUUCCUCCAGAACCAGAUCAUUGCAGCAUGCUGAGGAAAGUGAGGAGUUUUCCCUAUGAAAUGCCCCUGAGCCUCAGUUCACCGCUCUCCAUGCUAAUAACAGAGCUUUUGUGCAAAAAUCCACUACGACGCCUGAGAACCUUGGACCGUUUCAAGCGUCAAACGUUCUUCUUUGGGACGUCUUUUGACCUCCACCUCCUUCAGCGUCGGCCUGUGCAGGUGAUCUUGGAGCUGAGAGAGAGACCAGACCGUGCUGCCAAAGCUCGACGGGGCCUCACUUUGUCCUUGCUGCCUCUGAAGGGCUUUGACUUUGAUUCUCUGCUCAGCCCUGCCGCCACGCCGGACACACAUCUGGACGGAGACAUACGCACACGCGCCGCUGUACCGCUGCCUGGCCCCUCGCUGCAGCCCACUCAGGAAAAGGUCCCACGCAGAUGGAGGAUGUUCUCCGGCGCAUGCGCGAUAGACGCAGUUUCGCUCCAUCACAUGACGGAGGGGUGUUAGCUCCUCCC